AUGCCGGCGGCGCGGGGAGCUGCGCGGCGCUGCGCCCUGGCGGGGCCGCUGCUGCCGGCGCGGAGCUGCGGCGAGGUGCGGCAGGCGUACAGCGCCAAGGGCUUCAGCCUGGCCAGCGUGCCCUACCAGGAGAUCGCAGGAGAACAUUUGAGAAUCUGCCCUCAGGAAUAUACAUGCUGCACCUCAGAAAUGGAGGACAAGUUAAGCCAACAGAGCAAACUGGAGUUUGAAAAUUUAGUGGAGGAGACAAGUCACUUUGUACGCACGACUUUCGUAUCCCGGCACAAGAAGUUUGACGAGUUUUUCCGAGAGCUCCUGGAGAAUGCGGAACGAUCCCUAAAUGACAUGUUUGUCCGAACAUAUGGCAUGCUGUACAUGCAGAACUCUGAGGUCUUCCAGGACCUCUUCACAGAGCUGAAGCGUUAUUACACGGGAGGCAACGUGAACUUGGAGGAAAUGCUGAACGACUUCUGGGCUCGGCUGCUGGAGCGGAUGUUCCAGCUUAUAAACCCUCAGUACCAUUUCAGUGAGGACUACCUGGAGUGUGUAAGCAAGUACACAGACCAGCUGAAGCCAUUUGGAGAUGUUCCCAGGAAGCUGAAGGUUCAAGUGACUAGAGCGUUCAUUGCCGCACGGACCUUUGUUCAGGGGCUGACAGUAGGCAGAGAGGUUGCGAACAGAGUAUCCAAGGUCAGUCCCACCCCAGGGUGCAUCCGGGCGUUAAUGAAGAUGUUGUACUGCCCUUACUGCAGAGGACUUCCCACUGUGAAACCUUGCAACAACUAUUGCCUCAAUGUAAUGAAGGGCUGCCUAGCAAAUCAGGCUGAUUUGGAUACUGAGUGGAAUCUGUUCAUAGAUGCUAUGCUUCUGGUAGCGGAGAGAUUAGAGGGACCAUUCAACAUUGAAUCAGUCAUGGAUCCCAUUGAUGUCAAGAUUUCUGAAGCCAUCAUGAACAUGCAAGAAAACAGCAUGCAGGUGUCAGCAAAGGUUUUCCAAGGAUGUGGCCAACCUAAACCAGCACCUGCCCUGAGAUCUUCCCGUUCUGUCCCUGAAAACUUCAAUACCCGGUUUAGACCAUACAACCCAGAGGAGCGACCUACAACUGCUGCUGGCACAAGUUUGGAUAGGCUGAGGACUAUCUGGAGGACAAUGCAACAUGGUGUAACAGAUAUUAAAGAAAAGCUAAAGCUCUCUAAAAAGUUCUGGUCAACAUUGCCCUACACAAUCUGCAAGGAUGAGCGAGUGACAGCUGGUCCGUCAGUCGAGGAGGACUGCUGGAAUGGCCACACCAAGGCGAGAUACUUGCCUGAGAUUAUGAACGAUGGCUUGACCAACCAGAUCAACAAUCCAGAAGUAGACGUGGACAUCACAAGGCCAGACACCUUCAUUCGACAGCAAAUCAUGGCCUUACGUGUCAUGACUAACAAACUGAAGAACGCGUACAAUGGGAAUGAUGUCAACUUCCAGGAUACAAGUGAUGAAACCAGCGGCUCAGGCAGUGGAAGUGGCUGCACAGAUGACAUCUGUCCCACCGAGUUUGAUUUCAUCACCACCGAAGCACCGCCUGUCGACUCGGACAGGAGGGAGGUGGAGGCUUCAGCCACACACCCUGGCUGGUCACUGCAGACAUUGCUCAUCAUCUUCCUCAGUCUCGUACUGCAGAGACAGUGGAGAUAAUCCUGGAUCUCAUCAGAGAAACUAUGUUUUAGCUACAGAAACAGCCAAUUUUCUUCUUUUCUUAUACUCUUGGACAAUGGACCACGCCACAAACACUUGCCGUUUUCUACAAGACAGCAGUAUUGCAACCUGCUUCCCAUUUUAGUUUUUCCAAAGAGUACCAGGUGCCAGACUGAACUGCUUCCUGCUUUUUUCAGAUAUCUCUGAAGACAAUAUCCACUCUUGAGAGAACUCUUUCUCAAUCCUUUAUUACAGGAAACUUCCUGAGCUUCAUUUCCUUUUAUGCUGCAAAAGGGAAAAAGGAUCUUACAGUAUGUGUUUUUCCCCAGUGAGAAAAAAGACGGGGGAAGAAACCAAGAAAGUUUUCUUUCUGAAUCAAGCCUGACUCAAGGCCACUGCAUUUCAACAGAAUAUCAACAAAACAAAACAAAACAAAACAGAACAACACAACAAGAAAGGAACAAAAAAAUGCAACCAUUCUUCACUGACAGCCAGGUUUCCUUUAGGAAAUUUUAUUGGAUGAUUCAGGUCAUCAGAAUGAUCACUGUUAAAGGGAGGAAGGCUGAAUUUUUUCCUCAACACUAAAAAAGUAUGUCUCAGAAAUGAAUGUCUUGCACUCCAUCUGCCAACCACAUCAGAUUGGUAUGAAGGUAGAGAAGCUGAAAAAUAAAUUUAUCUUUUAGUAUGGUAGUAACUCCACUAGCUUCAGAACGUCAUGUUACAGUCACUUAGGAUUUGAAUCUUAAUGCCCAGUAAAAAUAUGAGUAGUAGCAUGAUUUCACCUAGUUUCUUUUAGGAUUUAUCCAUGUUAUAGAAUUGCCACAGUUUUCCACUUAGCUCACCACUGUGAGCUCACCAGCCAUGAUAGUAAUGUUAAACGCUCUUGACCCCUCCAGGGUUCAGACAGAAAAUAAUCUCUUGUGAUGUAAUCUUUUUUCUUUUGUUGCUGUUCUGACAUUGAUUGGAACUUUUUGUUCUAUGUCCAUUACCCUACCAAGACAGCAGUUCUCUAAUAGACUAACAGCAACCGGAUCAAUAGUGCGUUUCACACCUAACUACAUCUUUCAUAUCAGUUAAUUUCAGUGUCGCAAGGAUUUCUUCUACAAAAUUUCAGAUCAAACAGAUAUAUAGUAUUGACAUGGAGAUUUCUUUCACUUUUUUAGUCUUAGUAUGAUCAUCUAUUUUUAUAUAUAUAAAUAUAUAUAAAUCACAGAUUUUAACUUCUUAAUUACAAGCUCAGGGUUGACAC